UUCUUUAUCUUUUUUUUUAGCUUGGUUCGAAAAAGCUGGUAAGAAGCUUUAAUUUUAAAUAUAUAGAUGAACUACAUCAUAGAGAAAAACGACCUCAGUUAUCUAUUGUUGUAUUAUUAUUUUUAUUAGCAGCUUUAAUAGUAGUUGCAACUUUUACUGCCGAAUAUUUAAUUGGAUCAAUUGAAGGAUCCGGAUUAAGCAAACCCUUUAUGAGAAUUUUAUUACCAAUAAUUUGUGAUGCUGAGCUCGUAACCGCAAUUAGCAAGAUCUUUAGUACUGCUGGAAUUUCUAUGAAAACCAUAAUUUUCGGUACAGCGGUUAUCGUAUUUGGGUGGCAGUUGAAAUCGUAUUUCCAACCAAUUUAUAUUUCCUGUUUAAUUGCGGGUCAUCUUAUUCAAAGAAAUAAGUUGCAAAAAAUCAAAAAGAGAAUUUUACAUCCUGAUUCUCUUCCAUAUUAAAUCCACUCAAAGAUAUUCAUAAAACGAGUAAAUCUGGAAUUUACUUACCCUCUCUCACAAUUAACUU